UAAAAUUUACUAUAGAAACAGAAGACAACAAUCAAAUUAACUUCCUAGACCUCACAAUACAUAACAACACAGACAAUAUUACUUUCAACAUUUUCCGCAAACCCACCACCACAGACAUAAUAAUACCGGCACACUCAUAUCAUUCACAUAACAUAAAAACUGCAGCCUUUAAUUUUCUGUUUAAUAGACUGCUUACUAUACCACUCAACAAAGAACAAUACGAUGCAGAACUAAAUACAAUCUUUCAAAUAGGCAUUAAUAACCAAUACUCUUCACAAUACAUACCUACACAAUAUAUAUCAUAAAAAUAAACAAAAACACAUCACCAAUACAAUAUACCCACAUUACAAAACCAACAAUAAAUAUAUAUCAAUAGAAUACCAUCAACACAUACAUUACAAACUAAAAAACGCAUUAAAGUCACACAAUUUAAACCUCACAACAAGAUCGCACCCUACGUUACAAAAAAAAAAUACUCAAAAACACAAUGACACAAGAACCACACCAUCAACAAUCAGGCAUAUAUCAAAUAAAUUGUUCACAAUGCAACCGCAUAUACAUUGGCAUGACCACGCGUAAUAUACAAAUCAGAUUCAAUGAACACAAGAAAAAUAAACCUCACUCCGCUAUAGGCACACACAUACAAAAUACAAAUCACGACAUCAACAUUAACAACACUAAAUUAUUACACAAAUGCAACAAUUACCAUAAACUCACCAUACUAGAACACUUCGAAAUACAAAAAGCACUCAGAAACACCCACACAAUCACCACCAACGAAAUCACAGAAUUCAACACAUCACACAUAUAUAAUUUAAUACCCCCAUUCAAUAACCUACACAUACACGCCACUGCAAACAACAUAACCACACUUUAACACUUUAUAACCACACUUUACACAACGUUGCUACUAGUUUAUCUUCUAUAGUCAUUCCAUUUCCACUUUCGUCAGUAACACGCAACGCACUUCAUGACAUGUAUAAAUACGCUGCCCUUUAAAACCUUGACGAAAUUCAGCAUCCCUCACCGCCAAUUAGUUAGCACCUGAUGUAAUUCUGGAUACGAAAUAGAAAAUUUGAUUGACGGAGUCAUUGUUAUCGUAAAGAGAGUUGUCUCCAGCAUAAUAUUUUGUAUGAACAACGUCCCCCGCAAAAGAAACGUCUUGUAUGAGGACAUGUUAACAAACAGGAGUAAAAAUGGUGACGCCGAAUCGCCUCCGCCGAAACCGGCGGGCCCCAAUAAGAACACAAUCGAAAAAACCUUUAAGAAAAAGACCCAAUUGGAGCAUAUACUUCUACGGCCCGACGCUUACAUCGGUUCGGUGGAGCACACCAAACAGCCGAUGUGGAUUUACGACACGGAGAAUAGUAAGAUGGUGCAAAAGAAGAUCGAUUACGUGCCGGGCCUAUACAAAAUAUUCGAUGAGAUCCUCGUGAAUGCCGCCGAUAAUAAACAGAGGGACAAGAAGAUGGAUUGCAUUAAGAUAGAGAUAAAUCAAGAGAACAAUGUCAUUUCGGUGUGGAAUAACGGGCAAGGUGUACCUGUCGUGAUGCACAAGGAUGAGAAAAUGUACGUUCCCACCAUGAUCUUUGGCCAUUUGUUGACCUCGUCCAACUUCAACGACGAAGAGGAGAAGGUUACCGGCGGUAGAAACGGGUACGGCGCGAAACUGUGCAACGUCUUCAGUACAAAGUUUACAGUGGAGACCUCAAGCAGAGAGUACAGAAAGCAUUUUAAACAGUCGUGGGGCGCGAACAUGACGAAGACGUCCGAACCGAAGAUCAAGGAAUAUUCCGGGGAGGAGUUUACGAAGAUUACUUUUUCUCCGGACUUGGAAAAGUUUAAAAUGGAAAAGUUAGACGACGAUAUCGUCGGGCUCUUUUCUAAACGCGCAUUCGAUGUGGCCGCCUGGACUCGUGGGGUCAAGGUGUUUUUAAACGGCGAAAAGCUACCGGUGAAAAAUUUUAAAGAAUACAUAGACCUGUACAUAAAGAAUAACGACGAUGACGGGGACGACACCCAUAAGUUGAUAUACGAAAGUCCGAAUGAACGAUGGGAGGUGGCAGUUACGACAUCCGACUACGGGUUUCGACAGGUUUCGUUCGUGAACAGCAUCGCCACGAGUAAAGGUGGCAAGCACGUCGAUCACGUCGUCGACAUGAUCACAAAGUACGUCGGCGAGCUUCUAAAGAAGAAAAAUAAGGGCGGCAUCGCCAUUCAGCCGGAUCAAAUUAAGAAUCACAUGUGGGUUUUUAUUAACUGUCUAAUCCUCAAACCUUCCUUCGAUUCCCAAUCGAAAGAAAUGAUGACUUCCACCCAUUUCGGAUAUAGAUGCAACUUAUCAGAUAAAUUUUUUAACGCCGUCGCGAAGGGCGGCAUCAUCGAGAAUACUCUCUUGUGGGCCAGAAUAAAAGAACGGGAUGAUAUGGCCAAGAUGAGCGGAAGGAAGCAGACGAAAUUGAAGGACAUUCCGAAAUUGGCCGAUGCGAACAUGGCGGGCGGGCCAAUGAGUCAUAGGUGUACGCUAAUCCUAACGGAGGGAGAUUCCGCUAAAUCGUCUGUCGUAUCCGGAUUGGGUAUAGUUGGUCGCGAUUAUUACGGCGUAUUUCCGCUUAAGGGAAAAUUGUUGAACGUCCGCGAGGCAACGCAUAACCAACGAAUGGAGAAUGUCGAAAUAAAUGUUCUCGUCAGGAUCUUGGGCUUGAAUUUUAAUAAAAAGUAUGAGGACGACAGCGAGAUGAAUACUUUGCGGUACGGGAAGGUUAUGCUCAUGACCGAUCAGGAUCAGGACGGUUCUCACAUCAAAGGUUUACUGAUUAACUUCAUACAUAGCAAUUGGCCAGCUCUAAUACGUCGCGAUUACUUGGAGGAGUUUAUAACGCCCAUCGUUAAGGCGUCCAAACGUAACGAGGUUCAUAGUUUUUAUUCCAUACCGGAGUUUGAAGAAUGGAAGAGUGCGACGCCAAAUCAUGACACAUACACGAUCAAAUACUACAAAGGUUUGGGUACCUCUGGAUCGAAUGAAAUGAGGGAAUACUUCUCAAAUAUGGCGCGUCAUCGCAUUCGGUUUCGCUAUAGUGGUCAGCAGGAUGACGAUCACAUUGUGCUAGCUUUCAGUAAGAAGCACAUAGAGCAUCGUAAAGAGUGGCUCACAAACUUCAUGGUGGAGACAAAACGUCGCAGAGCGAAGGGUUUACCCGAAAAGUACUUAUAUACAAAAGACACCCGGGUCGUUUCUUACUCCGAUUUUAUAAACUUUGAACUGGUACUCUUUUCGAAUGCCGAUAAUGUGCGCUCCAUACCGUGCUUGGUAGACGGCUUGAAACCGGGUCAACGGAAGGUGUUGUUCACUUGCUUCAAACGCAACGACAAGCGCGAAGUCAAGGUCGCUCAGCUUUCCGGUUUUGUUGCCGCGAUGUCGGCGUAUCACCACGGCGAAGUCUCCCUAUGCAAAACCAUCGUAAAUUUGGCGCAGAAUUUCGUUGGCAGCAACAACGUAAACUUAUUGCAACCGAUCGGCCAGUUCGGCACUCGCCUGUGCGGCGGAAAAGAUUCGGCCAGCGCCAGGUACAUCUUCACGAAAAUGUCCCCGCUCACCCGUCUCAUUUUUCAUCCCGACGACGACCCCCUCCUCAAGAACGAAUACGACGAUAACAAAAAGAUCGAACCGGCAUGGUACAUUCCCAUUCUACCGAUGAUCCUCGUUAACGGCGCAGACGGCAUCGGAACCGGGUGGAUGACCAAAAUUCCCAAUUACAACCCGCGCGAGAUCGUGCAGAACCUCCGGAACAUGCUCGACGGCGAGGAACCCGUCCCCAUGAUCCCGUGGUAUAAGAAUUUCACAGGCACCAUCGAAGAUUGCGGCGACCAGCGGUACGUGACGAGCGGAGAGGUCGCCGUUACUGGGCCCAACACGAUCGAAAUAACCGAACUACCGAUCGGCACGUGGACGGAUAAUUAUAAGGAGCACGUUCUCGAACCUUUACUGAACGGCUCCGAGAAAACGCCGAAGAUCCUCGAGAACUACAAAGAGUACAACACCGACACCACCGUCAAGUUCGUUGUCCUUCAAUUUCGUCUGCUUCCUUCCGCUCAUCUUGGCCAUAUCAUCCCGUUUUUUUAUUCUGGCCCACAAGAGAGUAUUCUCGAUGAUGCCGCCCUUCGCGACGGCGUUAAAAAAUUUAUCUGAUAAGUUGCAUCUAUAUCCGAAAUGGGUGGAAGUCAUCAUUUCUUUCGAUUGGGAAUCGAAGGAAGGUUUGAGGAUUAGACAGUUAAUAAAAACCCACCUGUGAUUCUUAAUUUGAUCCGGCUUAGGUUAGGUUAGGUUAGGUUAGGUUAGGUUAGGUUAGGUUAGGUUAGGUUAGGUUAGGUUUAGGUUUAGGUUUAGGUUUGGUUAGGUUAGGUUUAGGUUUA